GUGUCCCAUCUUUUCUCUUCCGACGCUCUCCUCUGCUUCGUAAAUGUGUCCUCCGAGAUAUUUUGGGGAUCGCAUAUUUGAUAGAAAUCCCUAUUUGUAGCCACGACAGUCCAGAAAUUUUACAUUAGCCAGGCGCCGAAUGCUGUUUAGUUCAGCAUCGAAGCUAAAAGGUGCUCACCUAUUGUAUUAUUAAAGGAAACGAGCAUGGCGGCGGCAGUUGAAACAUCCUGUUCAGAGUUCACGAAUUUGGAGGUUGAAAGUUCAUUUUGUUAUGGAUUAAAACAAGAGAAACAGCUGUCUGCCUCACAAAGGAGAUGCUACAGUUUCUGUAGGAGGAAGUCGUUUGCCGCCUUUGUAGCGUCCAUGAAGGACGGCUGUCCCGAUAAAGGAAGCACGUGUUGGUGCUGCUGUGGCCAGACCUUUAGUGAGCACGCUGCCAUUCACAAACACGUGGCCAAGAAUCAUUACUCUGAAGUGCAGCGGCUGGCUCAGGCUGCAUAUGAGCGACUGAUAAAACGUCUGGAAGAAGAAACGCAGCCGCCAAACGGACACGAGGCCGAGGCUGCGGAUAUUUCGGCAUGGAUGCCAGAUAUCAGCAGAGUCUCUGAGGAGCAACUGAGAAACGGCCCUGGAAAAGUCCUGCUCUAUUAUCACUACUGUCAGGUGGCGGAUCCCCAGGCUGUCUGCGCUUGGCAGAAAGCGUUAUGCGAGAAGCUGCGCUUAACAGGCAAGAUAAGGGUGGCAGCCGAAGGCAUCAAUGGGACAGUCGGCGGUACCGAUGUGGCCACUGAUGUUUAUAUCCGUGCAAUGCUCUCACAUCCCGUCUUCAAGAUGGAGAAAGAGGACUUUAAGACCAGCGAUGGGGGUGCAGAGUGUUUUUCGGACUUGAAGGUCGGAGUCUAUAAGGAGAUUGUCCCAAUGGGAGUAGAUCCUGACAUUGUGUCCUACAAGCUGGCAGGAGUUCAUCUGGACCCUGAAGAGUUUCAUAAGGAAGUGGAAGCUCUUUUGGCAAAAGAGGAUUCUAGCAGCGACACCAUCCUCCUGGACUGCCGCAACUUUUACGAGAGCAAAAUUGGCCAGUUCACUCGGUGCCUAGCCCCAAACAUCCGGAAGUUCAGUUAUUUCCCGGACUACGUGGACCAGAACUUGGAUCUGUUCCGGGACAAAAAGGUCCUGAUGUACUGCACAGGAGGGAUCCGCUGUGAGCGUGGCUCCGCCUACCUUCGCUCAAAAGAUGUGUGUAAAGAGGUUUAUCAGCUGAAGGGUGGAAUCCAUAAGUACUUGGAGUGUUUUCCUGAAGGCUUCUAUCGAGGGAAACUUUUUGUGUUUGACGAACGCUUCACAAUCUCCUCAAACAGUGAUGUUAUCUCAGAUUGCAGGUACUGUGGCCUUCCAUGGGACCAGUAUGAGCUGUGCAGCACCCAGUUCUGCUGCCAGCUGGUGUUGUCCUGCCCCAGCUGCAGACAGAAAGGACGCACCGCCUGCUGCCCAUCGUGCCAAACUAAAGGAGAGACUCGGCACCAGGAGACCUCCCAGCAACCCAAAGAGGCGUGCGAAUGCACCGACACGCGGGCUAGAAUCCCUCAGGACGUUUAGUGACGUCAGAACUAGAUUGAAUCUGUCUUAAUUAAUGCGGUUAUCGAACGACGUCUGUGGAAAACCCAGAGCAAAUUUUAAAAUUCCUAAUUUUAUAUGAAUUUCUGGAAUAGGAUAAGAAGUAUCUUAACGUCUUUUAAUCAUAUUCUUAUGAAAAACCAUAACUGUUGUACUUCCUGGAUCUAUGAAUUGAAUUCUCAUGUAGACGGUAAUUAAAAAACACAUUUCUGGA